AUGCAAAUACAUCCAACUCUGUUAAAGUUCAGAUUGAUCCCGAAUCCUAACCAAAAUUGGUUAAAAGCUCACCGUUAUCAAGAGUCUGAUAUUGCCUUUGUCAUUUAUACCAGUUCAAAAUUCUAUCAUACAAGAGCAAUGGCUCUUCGUGACACAUGGCUAUCACGUGUAACGAAUUAUUAUUUUCUCAGUUCUAAACCGUAUUCUAAUCUCCCAGUGACUGUCAUCAAAAAUGCCGGUGAGGAUUAUGUAUCAAAUAUGAAAAAAAUCUUCUACGGCUUACAAUUGAUUUAUGGACAACAAAUAUCAAAACCGUUGAAUGAGAGACAAAAAUGGUAUUAUUUAAUUGGAUGCGACACUUAUGUGAAUGUCAGACAUUUAUUGAAACGAUUAGAGUCAUACGACUAUCAACAGAUUUAUUAUAUUGGUGGUCAUACCGGUCAUGAAAAAUGUUAUGAUACUCCAGGCGGUUCAAUCAUCUUUCCAUCUGGUGGAGGUGGAUUUUUACUUUCAUUCAAACUCUUGGAGAAAUUACAAGUAAAUCUAACAGAUUACUUAGAAAACAAAUGGCCCAACACAAAUCCAAUGUCGGAUGUUGCUCUAGCAUGCUUAAUUAAACGGAUAGGUCACAAUCUGACGCAAGUUGAGGGAUUCUGGUCACAUACACCUGCUCAGAUGGUACAAUUUGACGGAUUCGCGGCUGUUCAAAAAGUCAUUGAACCCAACAACUGGCAUUAUGUGAUGCCGGCUGACAUGAUCAAUUUAGAUGAGUUUUAUUCAUUUCAAUAUGUUGAUCGUCUAGCGAAUGAUCAAAAUUUAGAAGAAAUGGUAGAAUUCAUACGUCUAUUCAUAAAAAAACAUUACGAAAUUUUAAGGAAAAAACAUAAAGAAUGUACAUUACCACCAGUAACCUAA